CGACAUGUUCUUGUGGCACGUGACAGUAGACAUUAUCUACCUGCCAAGUGCAUUGGGCGCAGAUUUGGGUGGGGCUCAUCGACGACGGAAAAAGCAUUUUGUCAUCGACAAGUGAAACGAAAAGGAAGAUGACUCGUCCUGGGCUCGGGUUCAUCCUGCUGCUGUCGUCGCUGCACGCCGUGGUGUUGGGGCGCUCGAUCAGGCGUAGCGACGACCUCGACCCCCUGGAAACGCUGGUGGCCGCUCUGAGCCAGAAGAUAAACAACCUCCAGGCCCAGUUACAGGCUCUGGAAACCCAGCAACAAAAUCAACACGCUGUCUCUUUUUUCGCCCAAUAUUCUGACUACCAUCACCCCAACCUGCAGGAGAACACGGUUCUCCGCUUUGAUAACCCCAUCAGCAACGUGGGUGGCGGCUACAAUGCUGCCACAGGGCAGUUUACUGCGCCAGUGUCUGGUACCUACGUGUUCAACUUGAACGCAAUCAGCGACAGCAGCAUCUGGUUUAACAUCUGCAUCAUGCACAACGAUCAGUGCGUGGCCCUCACACAGCUCACUACCGUGUCCUCCAUCGGCGUGACGCUGGAACUACAAAAAGGAGACACCGUGUACGCUCUCAAGCGUGACGGGCCGGGUGUUACUAUGUAUGGGAUCAAUCACACCACUUUCUCGGGCACCCUAAUUAAAGCACAUUAAUUCUGCUGUUAAACACGCCAAGGUAAAUAAAAACACAGGAAAUGAACUAUU